ACGCCCGACUUGAUUAGACGUGGACCCAGUUUCGAGGAAUGGAAAAGCUUCAUUAAUUCGGUUUAAUUAAGCUCUAUACCUGCUAUGUAUAUUGCUCAAUUCCCACCAUCAUGUCAUCACUUCAUUGCCAAACAAGAGAAUUACGUAUCUCUGGCAAUGGCUGAAAAUGGGUUCACUGACCUAGAGAAGCAGAAAUUGUUUCUUGAAGAGCAUGAAGAGAAGCAUUUCAUGUCUAGUGAGAUUGUCCGUGACAUUAUCAUAGGUGUCUCUGAUGGUCUCGCAGUCCCUUUUGCCCUUGCCGCUGGAUUGUCCGGUGCCAAUGUGACAUCCAGCAUCAUUCUUGUUGCCGGCAUUGCUGAGGUUGGGUAUCAUUCCGUGAUGACUGGUGCAGGUACCUUGCAGCAGAAAGCGAAGCUGACCAUUACAUGAGGGAACUAAACAUAGAGCAAGAAGAGAUCAUAAGUGUCCCCGAUAUAGAGGCUGCUGAAUGUGGAGAAAUAUUAUCACAGUAUGAUAUUGAGCCACACGAAUAUGAGCCUGUGGUGAAUGCUCUGAGGAGGAACCAGCACUGGCUGGAUUUCAUGAUGAAGUUAGAACUUGGACCGGAGAAACCAGAACCCAUGAGAGCACUGCAAAGCGCCUUGACUAUUGCUAUUUCUUACAUAGCGGGUGGAUUGGUACCCUUGGCACCAUACAUGGUCAUUCCACUUGCUGAAGAAGCGGUAGUUGCAUCUGUUAUAAUAACCAUAGUGGCAUUACUAAUUUUUGGGUUUGUGAAGGGUUACUUCACUGGUAAUAAUCCUUUCAAGAAUGCUAUCCAAACUGCUUUCAUAGGAUCCAUGGCAUCAGCAGCUGCUUAUUGCAUAGCUAAGGUUUUUCGAGCUUGAUUUCUACUUCUUUUGUUCGCACCUGAUCUUGCCCAGGAGCACUUCUAACUGCCUUGUAUUGAUCAGUCUAUUGUCCCGUCUGGUUGUAUCUAUUUGCGGCAGUUAAUUAGGAUAAUUAGUACUUAGUAGUGUUAAUAUGGGGUUUUCCAUUUCUAUUCUCAUGGAGGAGCAAAUGUCAUUUUCAUUUUUUAAUUAGCAACACCGGUUAAAG